AUGUCAGAGGGACAGAAGUUUGACACUGUGUCAUCAUACAUUUGGUCUGAUGAAGAUAAUGAUGAAAUACUGGAGACCAUAGACAAUGAUGAGCCAAAGGAGGAAGCCCCCACUGACCGACCAUCAUGGGCCAAUAAAAUUGAGUACCUCCUGGCCCAGGUGGGCUUUUCUGUGGGACUGAGUACCAUCUGGCGCUUUCCUUAUCUGUGUUUUCACAACGGAGGUGGCAGUUUUCUCAUCAUCUACAUGCUCAUGCUGUUCUUGGUCGGGGUUCCUCUUCUAUUCCUGGAGAUGGCAGCUGGUCAGAGGAUGCGUCAGGGCAGCAUUGGUGUAUGGAAGGUCAUCAGCCCCUGGAUUGGUGGUGUGGGGUAUACCAGCUUCAUGGUGUGCUGCAUCGUGGGUUUGUACUACAGUGUGCUCAUGGCUUGGAGUCUCUUCUAUUUGGGACAGUCUUUCCAGUCUCCACUGCCUUGGUCAAAGUGCCCCUUACUGAGGAACUCCAGUGAUUUUGAUCCUGAAUGUGAGCGGACAACACCCACCACAUACUUUUGGUACCGGAAUAUAUUGAAGGCCACAGAUCAAGUUGAAAUGGGUGGACUACCAGUUAUGCAUCUCAGUGUCUCUCUCUUUAUGACAUGGUUAAUUAUCUGCCUCUCCAUGAUCAAAGGACCCAAGUCCACUGGGAAGAUGCUGUAUGUGUCAGUACUCCUUCCCUACUUCAUCAUUUUCUGUCUCCUUAUCCGGAGUCUCAUGCUGGAAGGCGCACAUUUUGGUCUCAAGAAUUUGUUGGCUGCCAAGGUGAGGUCCCUGUACUCUGUGGAAGUAUGGCGCCGGACAGGGAACCAGCUCUUUUUAUCCAUGGGCCCUGGCUUUGGCAGCUUCACUGCAAUCAGCUCAUACAGACCUCGGUCCAACAACUGUGUCAUGGAUGCCUUUGUUGUGGCUUUUCUCAACUUGACAGCCUCACUGACUGCCACGGUGUUUGUAUUUGCCAUAAUGGGCCACUUGGCCACAGAGAACAAUGAAAAAUGUUACCUGAGGAAUGCUGAGACAGUGCUGUAUCUGAUAGCUGCUGGGGUGCUGCCUGCCGAGGCCCGCCCCCCAGACAGUAUGUAUCAUGAUCCAAGCUCCAUCUACUCCGGGUGGCUCAAGAGCCUCCCUAAACAAAUCAAAGACACGGUCCUACCCCAUAUGACCAAUUGCAACAUAGCUCAUGAAUUGACGGAGGUUAUGGAGGGUCCUGGUGUGGCCAUUGUGGCGUUUACCAAUAUCACCUCUGAGUUUUCUGGAUCCACCUUCUGGGCCAUCAUCAUCUUCCUGUUGCUGGCGAGCCUGGGGCUGAGCACCAUGAUGGGGAUCAUGCAGGGCAUUGUUACCCCUCUCCAGGACACUUUCUCUUCCCUCAGGAAAUAUACAAAUCUGCUCACAGUGGGCGUCUGUGUGCCUAUGUUCCUGGGCAGCCUCAUUUUCGUGACGCCUUCGGGUAGCUACUAUGUGAACCUGCUGGAUGAUUACUGGGUAUCUCUGCCCAUCUUCUUCAUUGUCAUCUUGGAGAACAUAGCCAUGGCCUGGAUCUAUGGAGCCAGGAGGUUCCUUGCAGACUUGAUUAUCAUGUUGGGCCGCCCCAUCUCUCCCAUCUAUCGCUGGCUGUGGUGUUUUCUGUCUCCAUUUGUGCUGCUAGUCCUGUUUGUAAGCACCCUGCUUCAUCUGUUUCUGAAGACCAUCACCUACUUGGCCUGGGACUCAAGCAUUUCAAAUGAGGUGAUCCGAAUUUAUCCAUCAUGGGCUAAGGUCUUGCUCAUCAUCCUCAUCACCAUUACCAUCUUGCCUAUCCCUGCCUACUUCUUGUACACACUCAUUGGUGUGGAUUUCACAGUCUCCAUGAUUCAUAGUGGGGCCACGGUUAUCUUCAAACCUGAAGCUAAAGAGAACUCACUGAAGUCCUAUCCACGGCUUCAGAGGAGGUUAAGUAUGGAGGAGUUAAAAAUUGCUGCUCUCGACCUGGAGCGGCAGAACCAGGAGUACCAGGUGCUGUUGGACGUCAAGGCCCGGCUGGAGUGUGAGAUCAACACGUACCGGGGCCUGCUGGAGAGCGAGGACUGCAAGCUCCCCUGCAACCCAUGCCCCGCCCACUGGUCCUCCUCCCGGCUUCCACCUCUCAGCGGUAAAGUGAACUAG